AUGUUGGAAGCAGAAAUUCAAAAUGCAUUUGAUGAAUUAAUAGUUAGUUUAUUAAGCAUAUUAAAAAAGGAUACAUCAUUAAAAUAUUUACGAACAUGUAAAAAACCAUAUCUAGAAGAGCGUGCUCCAGAUUGUACUUUUAUAUACAAAAAUGUGAAUAUUGAUAUUGAUGAACAAUGUGAAUGUUUACAAGAUGUUGCUGUUUGUCUUGGUGAAGUAAAAUCGUCAAGCACUUCUAUAACGGAUACUGUUUCAAUCGGACAAUUGUUACUUUAUUUGACUAUUCUAUUACGUAAUCAAACUCGUGAAAGGAUCUAUGGUUUUUUAAUAAAUAUUCAAUAUAUAAGAUUUUAUUAUGUUGAAAAGAAACCGUAUUCGAAUUUAUAUGAUUUUUAUCAAAGCAAAUCUUUCAAAUUAUUUAAUGAUUUGUCUGAAACAUCAUCAUCAUCAUCAUCUGUCACUAUGAAAACAACAAGUGAACAAUCAAAAACAAGCUAUAUAAAUGAACAUACAUGGAAAAUAUUUCUAAAAUUUUUAACAAUGAAAACAGAAUUUUAUCAAUAUACGGCGUUAAAUAUAAAUCCAAAUGAUUAUUUAUAUGAUGAUAUAUAUAAAAUACAACGAAAAUUAGGAGACGGAUUAACUUCAAUGGUUUAUUUAUUACAGAAAAAUAAUAAUAGUUAUUCCGAAAUUGGUCCAGGAAAUCCUGUAAUAAAAAUUUCUAAAGGAAAUAAAUUUAUAAUAUUUUCAAAACCAUUAAAACGUUUGGAAUCAUUAACAUUAACUCACUCGCAACAACUUAUUAAUAUCAUUCAAUAUUUAUAUGAUUCUUGUGUUCUUCAUCGUGAUUUACGUCCACAAAACUUAAUGUAUGAUACAAGUCAUCGACAUUUAAAAUUAAUCGAUUUUGGCUUUGCCACAAUUUACCAAAAGAAUGAAAUGACAAAAAGAUUACCAAUUGAAGGAACAAUUACAUAUGCUGGUCAAAAAUUUCUAGAUUAUUAUUCAAAAUUAUCAUUUCAGUCAUGUUUUGAACUACUCGAUGAUUAUGAACAAACCUUUGAUCUUCAAUGUGCAUUGAAUGUCAUAAUGUAUAUGACAAAUUCUAAAAUUAAAAACGAAAUAAAUUCAAUGAAACAAUUUCUAUCUACGAAAGAAAAAGCUUUAGCAUCAUUAGAAUAUUUGGAAAAACUUAAAAAGAAUGAUAGAAACUAUUUCGAUUUAUUAGAAUUAAUAAACAAGUCAAAAUCUGAUGAUUUUGCUCGUCUUAAAUCUGCUGAUAUUAAUGAUAUCAGAACUGUAAUGAAAGAACUUUUUCCAAAAGAACAGAAGUAA